AUGAUUUCAUUGUUAAUUGUUUUAUAUCAGUAUAAAAGAGAUGUAGCUGGUCAGCCAGCAAUGACAGCAAGUCAGCUAACAAUGUCAGAUAGUCUGCCAACAGCGUCAGCUAGCCGGCCAACAGCGUCAGCUAGCCGUCCAACAGUGUCAGCUAGCCGUCCAACGGCGUCAGCUAGCCGUCCAACAGCGUCAGCUAGCCGUCCAACAGCGUCAGCUAGCCGUCCUACAGCGUCAGCUAGCCGGCCUACAGCGUCAGCUAGCCGUCCAACAGCGUCAGCUAGCCGUCCAACAGCGUCAGCUAGCCGUCCAACAGCGUCAGCUAGCCGUCCAACAGCGUCAGCUAGCCGUCCAACAGCGUCAGCAAGCUGGCCUACAGCAUCAGCUAGCCGUCCAACAGCGUCAGCUAGCCGUCCAAAGCGUCAGCUAGCCGUCCAACAGCGUCAGCUAGCCGUCCAACAGCGUCAGUUAGCUGUCCAACAGCGUCAGCUAGCCGUCCAACAGCGUCAGCUAGCCGUCCAACAGCGUCAGCUAGCCGUCCAAAGCGUCAGCUAG